AUGAAGAAUAAUAGAGAUAAUUCAUUGACAGAUACUAAAUAAUUGAAGAAGUUAAUGAUGAGUUUCAUUUUGAACGAUUCUGAAAUUGAUCUACUAUCAAAUCUGGAUUUCAGAAAGGUAUAAUUACUCAAUAAAAAAUUAGAAAAUACUGAAGAUGAAACUUAAUAAUUCAGAUCAGCAAUAAGAAAAUACGAAAAUCAUUAACUUUUUACUCCAUCAAAUGAAAAGUAAAACAAAGAAAAUGAGUAGAAGUAUAAGUACUGCUGGGUUUUGGGUCUAUUAUUGGGCUGGAAGUUGCACCACUUAAACUACUACUACUGUAACAACAUCAUCUACCACUACCACUUCAACAACAACAACAACAACAACAACAACAACUACCACUACUACCACUACUACGACAACAACAACGACAACAACAACAACCACUACUACUUCUACAACUUCCUCAACUACGAGCUCUACAUCUACUAGUACAACAAGUUCCUCUACUACAACUACCUCAACAACAACAACUACGACUCCAAUGCCAAUUACAACAACAACUACCACAACAACAGUAGCACCAAUUGCAUCAACUACAACAACAUCGACUACUCCCGCGAAGUUGAUGGUAUAUUAGUUGGCACAGAUAUCACACUUUAAAUAUAUGUCACAAAUAUUGCCAAGUAUGAUGUCGUUCAAAAUACAGCCCCAUACUUUAGCAGCAACUUAGAGAAUUUAAAAAUAACCUAUCCUAAUUAGAUAAGUUAUCAACUUCCAGGUAUGAUUGAUGAUGAAGAAAACUCUAUUACAGUAAAAGUCGACUCUACAUAGUAAUUUGUUUCUUUUAGUUCAAGCCAAAAUUAAUUUGUCAUUAGUCCGACCAUUAAAGAUAUGGGAAGCUAUCAAAUCAAAAUUACUUUAAGUGAUAAUGCCAAUCUUAAGAUGUCUAGAGAAUACAUUUUAAACUUAGUAGUUGAAGUGCCUUAGGAAUAUCUAGAUAAACUGGUAGAUAAUUCCUAUCUUGGUGGGAGUGAUAUCAAUUAUAAUGGAAGUGAUAAUUCCAAAAAUAUUAAGCGUUUGAAGCUUACUGCAUAGAUUCAAAGUAUAGAUCAACUUGGUAAGAUAUUAUUGCUUUUGAUGGGUAAAACUAAGAUAAGCUAAAGUUUAAAUGGAAAAUUCUGGAGUUUGAAGGAUCAAUUAUGA